AUGGAUUCUUACGACGACCCUGAUGCUGCGUCGGCUGCUGGCGCUGCCUCAGCUGUCGAGUCCAUCUCGGCCGCUGAGGUUGCCUCUGUGAACGGUUCCAACGCUGAAGAGCCGCCUGUCGAGGGCGUUCUUUCUGGUGUCGGACCCAACGCCGAAGCUGCUCAAAAGGUUGCCCGUGAGAAGGGUUGGACUGAACCAGUUCCAUUCGAAUAUGCGGACCUUGCUAAUAACAAGGAUCAUCGUGAUUGGGCUGGAAUUGCUGUCCGUUAUGAAUGGAAGGACGAAUAUGGUGAUGUCGGACCUGAUGUCCCUGAACUCGAGCAACAGCUUUUCCGUGGUGAACUGAUUGCUCGCCCGGGGGCUAAGCUUGACGAGUUGAACAGCUACAAGGUCAACAUUGAGAGCCCUAACGAGAUCAAGGCGGUUACCGAGUGGGCAAACUUUGGUUUGCAUCCGGUUAUGCUCGAGAAUAUUCGUCUCUGCGGUUACGAACAACCAACUGCGGUUCAGUCAUAUGCAAUUCCGGCUGUUCUAGCCAACCUUGACCUUAUUGCCGUGGCACAAACUGGCUCCGGAAAGACGGGGGCAUUCCUUAUUCCAAUUCUUUCCAAGUUGAUGGGCAAGGCGAGGAAGCUGGCUGCUCCUCGACCUAACAUCGCGGAGAGAUUCAACCCAAGGGAGGAUGCUGUUCGAGCAGAGCCUCUAGUUCUGAUCGUCUGCCCCACUCGUGAACUAGCCACUCAGAUCUUUGAUGAAUCGCGUCGUUUGUGCUAUCGCUCCAUGCUGCGUCCGUGUGUUGCUUAUGGCGGUGCUCCUACUGGCCUCCAGCGUGAGGAGCUCCAGAAAGGAUGCGACAUUCUGAUUGCCACUCCAGGCCGUCUUCUCGAUUUCAUGAAACAGACCCACGUUCUUUCUCUCCGCCGCGUCAGGUACACCGUUAUUGACGAGGCAGAUGAGAUGCUGGAUUCAGACUGGGAGGAAGAGUUCAAGAAGAUAAUGUCUGGAGGAGAUGUGAACGAGGACGAUGACCACCGCUACUUGAUGUUCUCUGCUACAUUCAACAAGGAGUUCCGGUCGCUUGCAAAGAAAUAUCUCAGCCAAGACCAUGUGCGUCUCCGCGUUGGCCGAGCCGGUAGUUCGCACCACAACGUUGUGCAAGAUAUCGUCUGGGUUGAUAGGGACAAGAAGAUGCGUGCGAUCUAUGACCUUCUGAUCAGCAUGCCGCCUGUUCGUACCUUGGUUUUUGUCAACAGCAAGGAGCAGGUUGACUUCGUCGACGAUUACCUCUACAAUUCUGGAAUGCCUACUACUUCCAUUCACAGUGGAAGAACUCAACGUGAGCGAGAAGACGCUAUGCGUGCCUUCCGGUCUGCAAAAUGUCCUGUGAUGAUUGCUACCGGCGUCUCCGCUCGUGGGCUCGAUGUUAUCAAUGUGCUGCACGUCGUCAAUUACGAUCUCCCCAGCGCCGCGCACGGGGGCAUCACUGAAUACAUUCACCGUAUUGGCCGUACUGCUCGCAUUGGAAACGAAGGCAUCGCCACGUCUUUCUUCAAUGAGCGCGAUGAGGAUCUUGCCCCGGAUCUUGUUAAGAUCUUGAUCGAAUGCAAGCAAGAGGUCCCGGAAUUCCUCAAGGCCUAUCGGCCCGAGGGUGAUGUGCUGGAGUUCGACGAUGACUCUGAUAAGGAAUUCUUUCACAACCCAUCUAACGCCGGUUCUGACGAUGGAUUUGCCGCUGGCUCUGACGCCGAGGCUGAAGCUGAAGCUGAAUCCAACCCUAUCGCUGAGCCUGGUGAAGUUGAGGAGAGUGAAAAAGCGGUUGCAAGCGAUGCCAAAGAUGCCAACAAUGAACCUGCCAAUGCAACCCCCCCGAUUCGCAAGCUCACUGUUCCUAAUCCUACUGUUACAUCCGAGGAGGAGGAUGCUUCUUCAUGGUGGGCGCCAGCCCCGCCCUUGGCCGAACGCAAGAAGCGCAAGGAAGAGGAAGAGAAGUGCAAGCAGAUCAAGGCUGGUCUGGCAGGUUCUCAGUGGGCCCCUGUACCCCCACCUCCCAAGGACCAAGAUUCGUUCUGGUUCUAG